AUGAGCGACAUCGCCAAGAAAACCCUUCCUGCCGGCGCUCAACAGCAGGGCGCCAAAACAGCCGACACUACCUCCCAGGCCGACCCCUCAGCUCCUCGCUCCACCCACGCCGGCGAAGAAGGUGCCUCCUAUGUGGGGGGCUCUGAGUCCUACUCCCAUGAGGCCGAGUCCUCCGCUGAGGGUGGGGAGUACACCCACGCAAAGCAGGGCGACGAGCACCUCGAGGGUAUUGAAGAGGAGUCGGGAGAGAUCCUUAUGAAGGAUGAGGAGGAGGGAGCCGAGAAACCUUCUAGUGAUGAAUUCGAGAAAGUAGAAGCGGAAGGUGAUGAUGCGAGGACGGAGCUGGAGGCUCAGAGCAGGGAGCCGGCGGACUUUGAUGUUGGUGAUGAUGAUGAGACGGAGGAGACGGAGUCCAAGGCUCAAACUCAGACUACUGAGGGCCAAGAGGAGGCUGCUUCUGCCAUUCCUGCUACCGAAACCGGGGAGGGCAGACCUGAGGAGCGGUCUACUGUUAGCGAGGCCUCCGAAGCCAAAAUGUCUGAGACCUCCGGCAAGACUUCAUUGCUCACCGAGCAAGCCAAGGAGGCCCUCGACAAGGCCUCGAAGGACCAGCCCACUGAAGAAGCGCGCGAGUCUUUCCUCCAAUCUGCCAAGGACGGUCUGACGGCCGGAAGCACCAUGACCGGUGUAACCAAGAAAACGGGCCAGACUGAGACUUCUGCAGCGCAGUCGCAGCCGCAGGAACAGGCUUCGCACCCCAGCGACGAAGUCUCUGGUUCUCAUCAGUACACCGUUCAAGGAGAAGGGGAGGAGGGUACUGCCACCGGAACCAAAACUGCUCCCAGCGAGUACACCGCUACUGGUCCCGACACUCAAGCGCAGCAGACCGGCACUUCCCAACCCAGCGGCGAAGUCUCCAGGGAGCAACAAUACGCCCGCUCCGUUACCUUUGACGAGUCGCAAAACAAGUCUCAGGAGGCGCCGACCGAGUACACGGGCGAGGACUCCGGCUCCGCGAUCGGAACCGAACAGACAGCCACGCAAACUGGCACUGGCUACACUGGCACUGGCUAUACCCAGUCGCAGUCGCAACCCCAGCCAUCCCACCCAUCGGACGAAAUCUCGGGCACGAACCAGUACACCGGCACGGGAACUACCACUUACGACUUCGGCACCCGCACCGCUACCGCGCCAACCCAAAUCGGCGAAACCGACCAAACCGGCGAGGGUGUCCCCACGGGCGAGUCCGUCACCGUCGCCGAACACCUCGACUUCUCGGUGCUCAAGAACGGCAAGGUCAACAAGGGUGGUAAUGUCAUUGAUUCCGAUGGUAAGAUUGUCGGGCGCGUCGUGUCGGGUAUCCUGCAGUACCUCGUCGGCAAGAAGGUCGACGAGAACGGGGACAUUUGGUCUGACAAUGGAAAGGUGAUUGGCAAGGCGGAGCCGAUUUCCGACAGCGAGCGGGAAGAUAUGCUCAAGGAGCCGGCGCCCUUUGAGAGCUUCCCCGACGCGGUCGUGGACGGGAACGGCAUGGUGGUCAGCAAUGGGGAGUGGAUCGGUAAAGUUAUCGAGGGUGAUUUGAAGGUGCUGAGAGGCAAGAGCGUCGAUGCGGAUGGCGACAUUAUGGAUAAGGCCGGGAACGUGAUUGGCCGUGCGGAACGCUGGGAGCCAGAACCCGAAGAGGAGCCUGAGCCCGAGCCCGAAGUGGACAAGAGCAUUUUGGCAGGGAAGAGGGUCAAUAAGGCUGGCAAUGUGGUUGAUGGCUCAGGAGUCAUCUAUGGUCGCGUGGUGGAGGGUGAUGUGAAGAGAAUGGUUGGUCGCAUGUGCGAUAAGAAUGGCAACGUUCUCAGUGAGAGCGGUGAUAUUCUCGGCAAAGCCGACCUUGUGCCCGAGGGUGAGCGCGAGGGUAUGAAGGAGGGUCCCUUCUCCGAGCUUGAGGGCUGCACCGUUGCCAAGGAUGGAACCAUCGUCACUCCUGGCGGUGAUAUCGUCGGCCGUCUCGUCAAUGGCGACCCCAAGGUGCUCUUUGGUCGUCCUGUCGAUGACGAUGGUGAUGUUCUCGACAAGAACGGUAACGUCCUCGGCCAUGCUGAGCGCUGGACGCCCGAGGAGGUUUUGAGGAAGAAGAACCCCAUGUCUGGCCGCAAGGUGAACCGUGAGGGCAACGUCGUCGAUGAAGACGGUAACAUCAUCGGCAAGUUGACUUCCGGUGACCCUCAAUCUUGCUCCGGUAAAGAGAUUGAUGACGACGGAGACGUUGUCGACAACAAGGGUACUGUCAUCGGCCACUGCACACUCCUCGAGGAUCUUAGAGAAGAGGAGUCGCCCGAGGAAAAGGAGAAGAGGGAGCAGGCCGAGAAGGACAAGAAGCUGGCACUCCAGAUGGCUGUCUGCAUUGAGCAGUGUCUCGACAAGAUUCGCCCGCUUUGCAAGAUGAUCACCGAGAAAAUCGACAAGGCCGAACGCACUCCCGAGGAUGAGCGGGACGAAGAGGCGCUCGUCAGGGAAGUCAGGCCUUUGAUCGAGGAAGGUGGUCGUAUCCUCACCGAGGCCAAAGGUAUCAUCAAAGGUCUCGACCCCGAUGGCCGCAUCGCAGCCAACGCCAAACAUAAGACUGCUUCGCGCGAGGCCACUCCUGAGGAGUACCAUUUGGCUGAGGUCCUCAAAGACCUCACUGGUGACAUUACCCAGUGCAUCGAGAACGCCAAGAGAAAGCUUGAAGACAUGCCUCAUGCGAAGAAGGAGCUCAACCCUCUCUGGGGUCUUCUCAACGAGCCACUCUUCCAGAUCCUGGCUGCCGUUGGCUUGCUUCUGGCCGGUGUUCUUAACCUUGUCGGCAGAUUGCUGAGCGGUCUCGGUCUUGGUGGGCUCGUCGAUGGCCUUUUGGGAACACUUGGUCUCAACCGCGUCCUUGAGGGUCUUGGUCUUGGAUCCCUCACCAAGAGUUUAACUGGAGCCAGCAAGAAGAAAAACAGUGGUCUCUUGGGCCUUGGUGGCUAA